AUGUCGGCCUCCCUCCCCGGCAGCCGCGAGCUGCCCGCCUCGCAGUAUGAUCUCAGCACAUACAUGGGCCGCGUACGGCACAACCUGGGCCUCACCGACCCGAGCACCCUCCUCGUCGGCAGCACAGGUCUCGAGCAAGCAAAGUCCCUCCUCACCGACUACAAGCAGGGCAAGAUUCCGACAAUGACCCCCGAGCUCUGGCAGGCCAAAAAGGUCGUCGACUCGACCCUCCACCCAGAUACCGCCGAACCCGUCUUCCUCCCCUUCCGCAUGUCCGCCUUCGUCCUGACCAACUUGGUCGUCACAGCUGGCAUGCUCCAGCCCGGCCUCGGAACAGCAGGCACAAUCGCAUGGCAAGUCGUGAACCAGUCCCUCAACGUAGCCAUCAACUCGGCAAACGCAAACAAGUCCUCCCCGCUAUCCUGGCGCAAGCUCGGCGAGUCCUACGCCAUGGCCGUCUCCGUCUCCUGCGGUGUCGCCGUCGGCCUCAACAAGCUCGUGCCCCGGCUCAAGAACCUCACCCCCGCGACCCGCACGACGCUCACCCGCCUCGUCCCCUUCGCCGCCGUCGCCACGGCCGGCUUCCUCAACGUCCUCCUCAUGCGCGGCGAGGAAAUGCGCAAGGGCAUCGACGUCUUCCCCGUCGUUGCGGAGAAGACGCAGGCCGCCGAGACCAAGGAACAAGCUGUUGAAAGCGCCGCUGCCGGUAGCCAACAGCCCCAAUCCCUAGGCCGCAGCAAAAAGGCAGCCCAAAUCGCCGUCGGCGAGACCGCCUGCUCCCGCGUCUUCAACUCCACGCCCAUCAUGGUCAUCCCCCCUCUCGUCCUCGUCCGCCUGCAGGCCCAGCAGUGGCUCAAGCAGCGGCCCCGCCUCACCGUGCCCGUCAACCUCGGCCUUAUCCUCGUGACCAGCUACGCCGUCCUCCCGCUCGCCCUCGCCGUGUUCCCUCAGAGACAGAGCAUUAGCGCGGACAAGCUCGAGCCCGAGUUCCACGGACGCGGUGGCCAGGACGGUCUCGUUGUGUUCAACAGGGGUAUCUAG